AUGACGAUGAUUAUGCUGAGAAGUGGAGGAGGAGAGGAAAUGAUGGAAACGGGUCGGCCAGUGGGUCAUUUGGGUCGGGUAGUGAAAGAUCCAAAGUCUGGAAACCAGUUUGAUGUUAGUGAACUUCGAGAUGAGGAAAAUAUUUCUCCUGCUAAGAAGAAACAUUACUGUAGACAUACAAAUUCUCAGAUCCAAGCAAAUGGAAGUAUAUGGGGGAAAAGAACGAAUGGAUGGUUUCUUUUCCAUGUAGUCAUAACACCGAAAGUUGUUAAAGACUAUAAACUGAUGGACCCUAACCAUCCUUCUAAUGCCUCCUUUGUCCCCGGUCAUGUCACUCCUCCCAACCAACCCGUUCUCCAUGUACGACCUAUUAACCUGUCUAACAAUGUCUAUUCCCAUCCCGAGUUCCAGCUCCAGCCUCAGUUCCAGCCCAGGCCCCAGUUCCAACCUAGGCCUCAGUUCCAGCCCUGUCCCCAGUUCAUGCCCCAGCCCCAGCAGCAAACGGCUCCUUCUCAGUUAGCUCUUGUUCUGGUGCAGGCGCAGCCUUCCAUAAACUAUCCUCCUUACGACGACAUGAUUUUUGAGGCAAUUAGGGACUUGAACGAACCUGAUGGUUCAAGCAAGUCGAGGAUCUCGAGGCGUAUCAAGAGAUCGAACGCCGUUUUGCCUCCUAGUCACGCGGUUUUGGUGACUUACCAUCUCAAGACGUUGAGGAGGAGUGGCUUUCUCACCAUGGUUAACAACUUAUACAAGAUCGCUGCUGCUGCUCCUCCUCCUCGGCAAAGAGUGGCUGUUGCGGCAGACCUGGUCGCUCCCAGAUAUGAGGUUCCUCCGAUGAACUCCUCUCCGCUUGAUAUGCUAGGACAGUCAAGCCGUGAGCUACCCGAGUUGCCUGUAACAGAUCCGAACCAGGUGGUUACUGAGUCGGCAAACAGACGACCUGACCGUCCAAGGAGGGACGGAUCUGUUCCGAUCUCUCCAACUGCGGGUGCAACUCUAGGUCUUCCAUAUCCGAGUAUGUAUGCAAGCAUGCUACAAAGGGGGAGGCCACCGAGUCCUAGAGCUGCUGUGAGCGAGAGUAAGAGGCUAUGCAUAGGUGAAUCUAGCGGUGGAGUCGUCAUCGCUGCUCCAGCUGGUGGAGAACUGUGGCCGUUGCGUCAAGGAUGUGGCGUGGACUUGGAUGUACACCUAACAUCGUUUGGAACAGGCCUAGAGAGGUAAUUUCUUAUCCCAUAUAUUAGAGCACCCGCAGCGGUAUAAAUUCUGCAAAGUUUCUCUUGACAAAAAGUUUAAUAUUACAAAAAUAUAGAACAAUAAAUAACAGACAAGUGGCCAACGCUUCUCAUGACUUCGGACAAAAUCUCUUCAUAAAGAGACGUUUUCUUGUCUCUCUCAUCUGUUUCUUUACCUUCUUUUUUUCAUGUAUUAUUUUAAUUACUGAGAGAUCUAUUGAGAAUUGCACCAAUGCUGAUGGCCUUACAAUCUUUGUCAUGUUGAUUGAGAUAGAUUCGCGAUAUCUCUGUAAAGGCUAUUUCUUUAUUGCAAUCAUUUGUUAAUUAAAAUCAUUGCCGGGUUGUCUGUUUUCGAAAUUUUAAAAACUGACUAAUUUCGAGAUGUUGUCUUAUUAUAUUCAUGUCCCCUCGCUUUUGUUUUUUUUUUUUAUCUGGUUGGUGUUGUUUCGCUUUAUCUUGUUUAUUGCAUCUUUUUCUUCUCAUUAAAAAUGUAUUUCAAUAGGUAUAAGAGUUUCUAAUAUUUUAUUUAAAUAUUUAUUGUCUUGUCUUGUUUUGAAUUUGGUGAAGAACUUUAUACAUAACUUGUUUGCCUUUUAUGAACCUAGAGUGCCACACCAUCGUCCAUCAGGGCAGCUACUGGGACAUCAGAGUCUGCCUAUGGAGAACUCAAGAGAAAGCUUGACUUUGCUUGCGAGAAAGCAAAAGAAAUCUUGGAUAUGUUGAAUGCUGGUAUUGAGAACUACGACUUUAUAGAAAUGUUGCAAGCUAGACAGGAGGUGGAAGGACUAAUACGAAUGUUGAGUGUGGAGCCACAUGCCAUGAGACAAGUGCAGCCACAGGUCGUGGAAGAAGUGGAGGCACCACCCGUGGAACAGCCACAAGCCGUUGAAGAAGUGCAGUCAGGGGAGGCAGCAGCACAGACUGGAGAUGAAACCCAAGGAGAGGAACAUGGACAAGAAGUUGUGGAAGGAGAACAAGCACAGCCCCAGCCUUAGCCUCAGACCAAAGCUGAGGCAAUGCAAGGAGCCCUGAUCUGAUUUCUGAAGAAUAAUUGUCCGAGAAAGACAGCCUAGACAAUAGCCUUGGUGUUUAUGUUUAGGAGUGUUCUUUUUUAAUAGUUGUUGCAUCUAUCUUUAUUUUAAACUCAUUUUUCAUUUUUAGUUUAAUAGUUUGGUAUAGAAGGCAUUGUGUUGUCGUUGUGUCUCUAACUAACCGAACAGUAAGAGGUUGUUGUAAUUAA